AUGGCUAAUUCCAACGUAUUUUCAAGUGCACUUGCUAUCACCGGUAUUGCCACUGUAGUAUCAGUGGCUGGUUAUGCUUUUUACUUUGAUUAUCAAAGAAGAAAUAACACAGACUUUAGAAAGUCUUUGAAGAAGAAAUUAAGAAAACAAAAGAAAGAAGAAGAAAAUCAAAAAGAAGAAGCUAAACAAACUAAAUUACAAGAUAUUAGGGAGUUUCUAAAGAGUGAAUUAGCUAAAAAUCCAAUUCCAACUGAUCCAACUCAAAUUCAAAAUGUUUUCAGUAAUAAUGUUGAAUUAGGUGAACAUUUGUCUAUGACUCCAGGUAAUGAGUUGGAAGCUGCUGCUAAAUUUUAUAAAGCUUUGGCUGUAUACCCAAAACCAACUGAUUUACUUGGUAUAUAUCAAAGAACUAUCCCUGAAAAUAUUUAUGAAAUUAUUGUAUUGAUGAUUGCUGUCAUGCCUCCAACUAACAUCACCGAUUUUAUCUCUGGUGGCCUUGAUGGUGCUGAUGCAUUAGGUAUUGAUGAAGAUGAGGAGGAACCUCUGAUCUCUGAAAUUAUCGAAGAGGAAGAGGAAGAUGAGGAUGAAGGUAUUAUCAACACUGAAGAUAAUGCAAACGCACCAGUUGCUGAAGAAAAUAUGGAUGCGGAAAUUGAAAUAAUCAAUGAUGCUACAGAAGAAACUGCUGAAUUAGCUGACAGAAUUAUAGAAGAAUUUGCACAAGAGAUUGCUGCGGAUGCAGAAGAAGAGGAAGGUGAAGAAGGUGCCACUAACUGA